GCUAAAAGCACAAAGAAAUCCACAAGUCUAUCUCUCUCUGAUUGUUUUCUUUCUUUCAAAAGAAAGAAGAGAGAGAGAGGUAGUGAUGGAAAAGUGAAGCAAGCCUGUUCCAGAAAUAAUGAUUCAGUGUUCGCUUGCGUCUUCGGCUUCUUCAUACCGGCAUUGUUCUUCAUCUCUUGAGUACUUCCUCCUCUAGAUUUGAUUUUCUUUUUUGGCAAAGCAUUGAUCGCGUUUUGUAUUGCCUGAUCGGUUAUUGAUUCUGAACUCCAUUGCAAGUUGACCGCUUCACUUACUGGAAAUGAGAGCUUGAGCGAAGAUUUGGCAAGAGAAACAGAUAAGAUUGUUAUUAUAAUUUACUCAUUUUAUAGGGCAUCAUCGGAAGAUCUUAUUAGAACGAAAGGUUCUACUGAUGCUUUUCAGUAAACGAUGCGUUGAAGAAGAGAUGGAAAGCGGACCAAGCAGCAGUACUCGUAACGAGAGAUGUGCUGGCAUCACCAUAUCAAAGGACUUUUCCUGGUUCAGUCAAUUUCGCAAUGCAUCGAAUCCUUGGAUGGCAAGAUAUGCCUACGGAUUGAUUUUUCUAGUCGCAAAUCUGUUGGCAUGGGCAGCCAGGGAUUAUGCUCGUGGUGCUUUGACCGAAAUGGAAAGGUUCCAAGGAUGCGAUGGUGGGAAAGGCUGUUUGGGUGCAGAUGGUGUUUUGCGCGUGAGCUUCGGUUGUUUUAUAUUUUUUAUCACGAUGUUUUUUUCAACCGCUGGCACUUCUAAAUUGAACGAACCGAGGGAUUCAUGGCACUCUGGGUGGUGGACGGUCAAGCUGAUUCUCUGGGUCGCCAUGACAGUCUUCCCGUUUUUACUUCCGUCUGCAUUUAUUCAGCUAUACGGGGAGAUUGCUCAUUUUGGUGCCGGGGUUUUUCUCCUAAUUCAACUAGUAAGCAUAAUCAGCUUCAUUACAUGGCUGAAUGAUUGUUGCGUGUCUGAAAAAUAUGCAGACCGAUGCCAAAUUCACGUGAUAUUGUUUGCAACUACUGCGUAUGUUAUCUGCUUGGUGGGGAUCAUUUUGAUGUACAUUUGGUAUGCACCACAACCAUCUUGCCUGCUCAACAUUUUCUUCAUCACUUGGACAUUAGUGCUUCUCCAACUGAUGACAAAUGUGUCUCUGCACCCAAAAGUGAAUGCUGGUAUUCUAACUCCAGGUCUGAUGGGGCUUUAUGUUGUAUUCCUUUGCUGGUGUGCCGUUAGAAGUGAACCAGCAGGAGAAAACUGCAUCAGAAAGUCAGACACUGAAGCCAAAACAGAUUGGUUAAGCAUAAUUAGCUUUAUUGUUGCAAUACUAGCUAUCGUCAUUGCUACAUUCUCAACGGGCAUAGAUUCCAAAUGCUUUCAGUUCAGGAAGGAUGAUACGCCACCAGCAGAAGAUGAUGUUCCCUAUGGUUAUGGCUUCUUCCAUUUUGUGUUUGCCACAGGAGCUAUGUACUUCGCAAUGCUAUUGAUCGGAUGGAAUACUAAUAGUCAUCAUGUAAUGAGGAAAUGGACAAUUGAUGUGGGCUGGACCAGCACCUGGGUCAGAAUUGUAAAUGAAUGGCUCGCAGUCUCUGUAUACUUAUGGAUAGUGGUGGCACCUGUCGUAUGGAAGAGCCGACAAACUAAUUCUACAUAGGAACGUUCAUAUUAGUUGAGAUUUUUUUUUAAUCCUCCCUUUUAGGUUGAAGAUUUGGAUGAUCAAAUCCAGCUCUGCCAGGAAGGAAAUUAUCCGUCAGAAGCACUGGAUACAGGGCAAUCUUCACAUAUUAUUCUGAUGGGAUCUGAUUCAUUUCCACGUGAGGAUAUGCUUGCAGUCUUCUUCUCAACCAUGGAUGGUUCAUCAUAAUUUGCUAAAGGAGUUUUAUUGCUGGUUUCCUGGCCUAAAAAGAAGCCUGUUUUAUCGGGGGAAGUUCAGGACCAUGAGGUCAAAUUAUUGGAGGACAAAAAAGACCAAGGUCCUUCAAGUGAAUUAAGGUUAUUUGACCUCAUGUUUCAAUUCCCCCGUUUUAGCGUCUCAAGGUGAGAAGGAUGUUGCAGCGAAUUGUAGGAAUUUUUUUUUAGGGUGCAGCACUAUGCCCCCUGGCAGCAUUCAUCACAUAGAAUAGUGAUUCUACGUUUAAAAAGUGGAUUUCCAGGAUCUGCUGUGUAUUUUAUCCACAUAGGAAUGGACUUAGGUAUACUGUAGUGGGAAAAAAGAAAUUUGUAGUUGACUAUAAUUUGUUGGCCGCGCUAUAUUAUACAUCAUGUAAAAUUAUACAA